AUGCCGGCUAAAGAGAUGAUCUCGCCUUGUAUGGAAUGCAAGGAUGCAGAUGCAGUGUUAAAUACUCGGAAUAGAUCAUUGUGUGGUCCCUGUUACCAGCGCUUUUUGUCAUACAAAGUUUGGCGUCGCAUGGACCACUAUAGACCAAGACCCCAAAAGACUGGGCAAUCUACACAACCUACGCAAGCCCAGUUAUUGCUCCCGCUAAGCCUCGGUGUCUCUUCCUCCGCUCUUGUGCAUAUGUUGGAUACGGGUUUGAAGCGCCAGCUUGCGAAAUCCGGUAGAACAUCAUACGAACUUCAUAUACUUUUCGUGGAGCCUUCCGCUACACUGCCUACCGGCGUUUCAUACGACACCCGGAUUGACGCAGUCCGUGAGGCUUUCCCAAGAUAUCCCGUCACUCGGAUACCCUUGCACAGUAUCUUUGAAUAUGUUCCCGACAUGAAGACUAUUAUGACUGAAUAUGCGGGACCUCAGUUUAUCGACGAUGCUUCUCGAUCUAACGAAGAGCGGUUGGCUGCUUUCCUUGGUACCGUCUCGACUGCCACAUCUAAGACAGACCUUGACGCUGUUUUGUUUACUAGACUUGUCGUCGGAUAUGCAAAGCACGCUGGGUGUGAGGCUAUCCUGUGGGGUGAUACAGAUACCCGGCUCGCAGCAAAGACUCUCGCCGGGGCUGCCAAAGGCCGGGGUGCCUCUCUCACUUGGCAGGUGUCGGAUGGAAUGUCACCGUGGGGUGUCAAAUUUGAGUUUCCGUGCCGAGACAUUUCCAAGUCGGAACUAUCGCAGUAUGAGAGUGUCUGCCCGGAGAUUUCCAGAGUGGUUAUUCCCGAAGUGCCACUAUCAGACAAUAUCCUUACCAAGAACUUGUCUAUCGAUGAGCUGAUGAUGCGAUAUGUGACGACCCAGGGCGAAAAAUAUCCCGGCGUCAUGGCGAACGUGUCGAGAACUGCAAACAAGCUUGAGACCACAUCGGGGAUUGACAGUCCUCUGUGCUCAUUGUGCGGAGGCGUGGUUGGGAAUGUCAAGGGUAAUGAAUCUGGUAUUACAGUCGCCAGCCAAUUUUCAGCAAACGGGUCUCAGUUUUGCUACGGGUGCAUGAGAUCACGUCCGGAAAUCAUUCAAUAA